AUGUAUCGUGAAUUCACCGCUAGAGGUUCUCGAAAAUGGAUUAAUAUAUUAGACUUGUUGAUGGAAAAAUAUAAUAACAGUAAACAUCGUACGAUUGGAAUGACACCAAUACAAGCUGAUAAGAAUCCGUUAUCGGUGAAAUUUAAUCAUAGAAAAGUUUUAAAAUCUAAAGCUAAAUUCAGAAUAGGUCAAAAAGUGCGUAUAUCUAUUUAUAAAACUUUGUUUAUUAAAGGUUAUAUAGCUAAUUGGUCGAGUGAAAUAUUCACUAUUGCAAAAGUAAACAACACCUUGCCGGUGACUUAUAUGUUAGAAGAUUACACUGGUGCGCCUAUAAAAGGUUGUUUUUAUGAGCAUGAAAUACAACUGACUAAAUAUCCAGACGAUUUUCUCAUAGAGAGAAUUAUUAAAAGAAAAAACUCUAAAGUAUUGGUGAAAUGGUUGGGUUAUGACACUUCUCACAACUCUUGGAUAUCUGUGAAUGAUAUAAAAAGUGAUGAAAAUUAA